GAUAAAUCUCCCCCACAGUCAUUGAAUAUGUCCCCAACUGCUGUGAUCGGAUGCCGGUGUCAGCGCUCCACUGAUCAGAUCCUGUAACUUGGAUGUGGGGGCUCACUGCACUUCGUUAUAGUGUUGAUCCAGAGGAAGACCCAACUUAUCACCAUGAGGUAGAAGUCAUAUCUCCUCAUAUAAGAUAAAAAAUAAAGCUCCUUUCCAAAUCUGGCAAUAAGAAUACAUCCCGGGAUCAACAAUCUUUGUACAGGAAUGUAUCUAUAUUUAUCUGUGACCUUUUUUCACUGCUGACAGGAUGAAAAUCUUCAGCUAUCAGACUUGACACUUUCCUUUGUAAAGUCAUUCCCCACCUUCCACCACACGAGGGCGCUGCUUCGCAUUUGUUUUGUUUUUCUCCAGUGUUUGACGUCAGCGCGACAUCGCCCUCAGCCCACUACUGACUCCGGAGUUCCUGUGUAUCCGCGCAGCUUCCGGCAGCUCCAGUGAUGGCGGCUGAGAGUAGAGUCUUACAGCACGGUCCCCCGGAACUGGAUGAAGAUGAGGAGGCACCGGGCAGCGACACUGAGGGAGAGGACAUAUUUACAGGGGCUAGCAAAGAAGUGAUUGCCUCACUGCCCCAGAAGGAGGUGGUCCAAGAAUCUUCAAAGGAAAAUGGACUGUUCCUGGAUGAUGAUGACCAGGAUUUGUUUGCAGAAUCCACUGUUAAGCUGUCGGUGGACAGUUCACGCAGCAAUCAGAAAGAAGAGGCUCCACUUAGUACCCCUGCGCUUAUUGCAGCCGCAUCUGCUACCUCCAAACAACAGACUUAUGAAGAGUUAGAAGAGGAGGAGCAGGAGGAUCAGUUUGACAUGAAUAUCAGUAUCACAGAUCCAGAGAAGAUUGGUGAUGGCAUGAAUGCAUAUGUGGCUUAUCAAGUAUCAACUCAGACCAAUUUGCCAAUGUUCAGAAGCAAGCAUUUCACUGUGAAGAGACGGUUCAGUGACUUUUUGGGCCUUUUUGAGAAGCUUUCUGAGAAGCAUGUUCAUCAAGGCAUCAUAAUCGCACCGCCUCCUGAGAAAAGCCUCAUAGGUAUGACCAAAAUGAAGGUGGGGAAAGAGGAUUCUUCUUCCACUGAAUUUCUAGAGAGAAGGCGAGCUGCUUUGGAGAGAUACCUACUAAGAAUUGUUAGUCAUCCCACUCUUUUACAAGACCCAGAUGUCCGUGAAUUUCUGGAGAAGGAAGAGCUUCCUCGUGCUGUCAGCACUCAGACUCUGAGUGGAGCUGGUCUCCUCAAGAUGUUCAAUAGAGCUACUGAUGCUGUUAACAAAAUGACCAUCAAGAUGAAUGAAUCUGAUGUGUGGUUUGAAGACAAGUUUCAAGAGGUGGAAUGUGAAGAGCAACAUCUUCGCAAACUUCAUGCUGUUGUUGAGACUCUAGUAAACCACAGGAAAGAACUUGCUGUGAAUACUGCUCAGUUUGCCAAAAGCCUGGCUAUGCUUGGGAGCUCAGAGGAUAAUACUGCACUUUCUCGUGCCCUCUCCCAGCUAGCAGAAGUAGAAGAGAAGAUAGAACAACUACACCAGGAACAAGCUAAUAGUGACUUUUACCUUCUGGCUGAGCUGCUGGCUGACUAUAUUCGUAUCCUGUCUGCAGUCAGGGGUGCGUUUGACCAACGCAUGAAGUCCUGGCAGCGUUGGCAGGAUGCCCAGUCAACCUUACAGAAAAAGAGGGAGAACGAAGCACGUCUGUUGUGGGCAAACAAGCCAGAUAAAUUACAGCAAGCAAAGGAUGAAAUCUCUGAGUGGGAGUCCAGAGUCACACAGUACGAGAGGGAUUUUGAAAGGAUUUCUGUGACUGUUCGAAAGGAGGUCACAAGAUUUGAGAAAGAGAAAUCCAAGGAUUUUAAAAGUCACAUAGUGAAAUACUUGGAAACACUAUUGAAUUCACAGCACAAACUCGCCAAGUACUGGGAAGCAUUUCUACCAGAAGCCAAGGUUAUAUCCUAACUGCUGUGGAACAGAAUUACAGUCCGAACUAUGCUACUUCUCUUCUGCCAUUUAAAAAAAAUAUAUAUAUAAAAUACCUCUUGCCUUUUAGAGACCCUAUUACAAUCUCAAUUUUGCUUCUACAUCUACUUGAUACUGUCAGUCUCUGCUAAUUCCAUCAGUGCUGAGUCAGGUCUGUUACGCUUUGCUGUGCAGAGCGUUGAUGGAUCUUUCCCCUAUUACAGCCUAGUGCCUCAUAUACAAACACACAUUCAACAUUUCUUCUCGCAACCUAAUCGGCCAGAAGACGUUGGCUAUACCUGCAGAGAGUGGUUUAAUAGGCGAGAGAUAACCCAGAUAAGGACAGUUAUGUCCCAGCACUUAAGGACACACCUGCAUCUGUUAACAUUUCUUUUGUAUAUUUUUCAUUUAACUUCAACAUAUAUUUUCUUAUUAACUAUACAAAUUGAUAAUUUAGGGCUUUCUGUUAAAAAGAAAGAAAAAAAAUAAAAACCUUUAAACUAGUGGGAAUUUCUUGGGAGGGUUUAUUAAUAUAAAUAUAUAAUGUAUAUUUUUUGGCUGUGACACAGACAAAAAGAAUGGAGCAUUUCUAUUCUACAAGAACCACACAGUUAUUCAAUAAAAUAAUGAAAAUGUUUUUGUGUACUCCCAUGUGUUUAGGAUGUCUUGGUGUAGAAAUUAAGCAUCACGUGACCAUUGAAGGGUGAGGCCCUUGCCAUGGGUUUAAAUCUGACCUGAUAAGUAUGGGGGUUGUGUGUCCUUAAAGGGGUACACCAGUGGAAAACUUUUUUAUUUUUUUUAUUUUAAAUCAUCUGGUGCCAGAAAGUUCAACAGUUUUG